UUUAGUGACGGACUGGUAGUAGACACAUACUUUACUUCUAAAGGAACUAAACAAAAACCGUUAGUGGUUGAAUGUUGCGUUCACAGACACGACGCAAUUGAAAUGAAAAGACGCAAAAAAGUGUUUUCCAAAGACGACUAAUUAAGGAUGCACUGGUUAUUGUUCCAAAAUAUAGGCCUGCUGGUUUGUUUCCACAGCUUCAUAUCAGCCUUUACACUGGAAACUAAAACUCUUAUAUUCGAUGCAUACUAUGAGUAUGUGUCUGAUCGGCUGGAAUGGAAAGAUGCAAAGGAACUGUGUAACCAGCGCUCUGGGGCCUUAGCCACUGUCUCCAGCUCAGUAGAGAUACAAGAGCUUUCCAGCUUUUUAUCAUCCUUGAAGAUCUCUCAUCCUGUGUGGAUUGCCAGGAAAGUCAAGACACAUCCAACAAGUUCCUCUGAGACCCUGAUCCUGGAGUUCAGAGGGCGCUCGGACAGCAAGCAUGCCCGUCUCCUGCACAAGUUCCCCUCCAUGAACUUAGUGACUGUUUGCACCCGUCUUUGCUUUGAUCCAAAUAGCUUUGGAAUUUCCACAAUUUUUUCUUAUUCCAUCCCGUCAUAUAUAAAUGAGUUCCAGCUCCGCGCGAACCUGAUCCAGGGCAAGCCUGUGCAGCUGGCUUUGCUGGUUCAUGGCAUUCAUGGACCAUACCAAGAAGCCUUCAAGCACGAUGACUCCUGGCACUCGGUGUGCGUUUCUUGGAGCCAGAUUGGUGGUAGCUGGGCUAUAUUCAUUGAUGGCCGGGCGAACUCUAGUGGAAAUGGCCUAAAUUCUGACAAAAUUGGCCCUGAUGGACUUUUCAUUCUGGGACAGGAGCAGGACACCUUUGGAGAUUCAUUUAAGAAGGAUGAGUCAUUCUCAGGGAGCAUCACAGAGCUGCACAUAUGGGAUCGGGUGCUGAGCAGCAGCGAAAUUGACACUAUGGAAAAACAGUGUUCACCCAUUUCCUCUGGGCUGGUGUUCAAGUGGAAUGGAGCAGCCAUGGAAAUAGCGACCUCCCUUACCAAGUUGUGGAGAGACGUCCCAUGUCAAAUCCCAGGAAACUUUAAACAGUGACGGACAAUUCGUUCUUGGAAUUCCCUCAAAGACGGACAUUCUUGGCAGAAUCAAACAUUCCACGUUGAGUUGUUGCCAAAAGUAUGGAGCCUUGAAUGAAUUGUGAUGUCUUUAAGCCCUUUCCAAAGUAUCGAGCUGCCGGGGCCGGCCAAAGUUAAAGCACCCAACAGGUGGC